GCGGCCUCCGCGCGCCGCCGCCGCCCCGCCGCCGCCGGCUCCCGCCGCCCGGGCCCGGCCGGCCGCGCCGGGGGCCGCCGCGCUCGCCCCGCCGUCCCGCCGCCGGCCGCGGUCGCCGCCGACAUGGACACCAAACAUUUCCUGCCGCUCGACUUCUCCACCCAGGUGAACUCCUCAUCCCUCAACUCCCCGACGGGCCGAGGCUCCAUGGCCGCCCCCUCGCUGCACCCCUCCCUGGGCCCGGGCAUCGGUUCCUCUCUCGGCUCCCCAGGACAGCUGCACUCGCCCAUCAGCACCCUGAGCUCCCCCAUCAACGGCAUGGGCCCGCCCUUCUCGGUCAUCAGCUCCCCCAUGGGCCCCCACUCCAUGUCAGUGCCCACCACGCCUGCCCUGGGCUUCGGCACGGGCAGCCCCCAGCUCAGCUCACCCAUGAACCCCGUCAGCAGCAGCGAGGACAUCAAGCCCCCCCUGGGCCUCAAUGGUGUCCUCAAAGUCCCGGCCCACCCCUCAGGGAACAUGGCGUCCUUCACCAAGCACAUCUGUGCCAUCUGUGGGGACCGCUCCUCAGGCAAGCACUACGGGGUCUACAGCUGCGAGGGCUGCAAGGGCUUCUUCAAGCGGACGGUGCGCAAGGACCUGACCUACACGUGCCGGGACAACAAGGACUGCCUGAUCGACAAGCGGCAGCGGAACCGCUGUCAGUACUGCCGCUACCAGAAGUGCCUGGCCAUGGGCAUGAAGCGGGAAGCCGUACAGGAGGAGAGACAGCGGGGCAAGGACAGGAACGAGAACGAGGUGGAGUCCACGAGCAGCGCCAACGAGGACAUGCCGGUGGAGAAGAUUCUGGAGGCGGAGCUGGCUGUCGAGCCCAAGACCGAGACGUAUGUGGACGUAAACAUGGGGCUGAACCCCAACUCGCCCAACGACCCCGUCACCAACAUCUGUCAGGCCGCGGACAAGCAGCUCUUCACGCUGGUCGAGUGGGCCAAGCGGGUCCCGCACUUCUCUGAGCUGCCCUUGGACGACCAGGUCAUCCUGCUGAGGGCAGGCUGGAAUGAGCUGCUCAUCGCCUCCUUCUCCCACCGGUCCAUCGCCGUGAAGGACGGGAUCCUCCUGGCCACCGGGCUGCACGUCCACCGGAACAGCGCCCACAGCGCGGGGGUGGGCGCCAUCUUUGACAGGGUGUUGACGGAGCUCGUGUCCAAGAUGCGGGACAUGCAGAUGGACAAGACGGAGCUGGGCUGCCUGCGCGCCAUCGUCCUCUUCAACCCCGACUCCAAGGGGCUCUCGAACCCAGCAGAGGUGGAGGCGCUUCGAGAGAAGGUGUACGCGUCGCUGGAGACCUACUGCAAGCACAAGUACCCAGAGCAGCCGGGAAGGUUCGCCAAGCUGCUGCUACGCCUGCCGGCCCUGCGCUCGAUCGGCCUCAAGUGCCUGGAACAUCUCUUCUUCUUCAAACUCAUCGGGGACACGCCCAUCGACACCUUCCUCAUGGAGAUGCUGGAAGCCCCCCACCAAAUGACUUAGGCCCGCCGGCCCGUCCUUCGCGCCCGCCCGCUGGCCUGGCCGCGCCCGCCCGGCCGCCCACUGCUCUUCUCAGCCGAGCCCCGUCCCCUGCCCCUUCCCUGCCCAGCCUCUGUGGACGUGGGGACGCGGCCUGCUAAGCCUCCAUGUUGCCACCUCGCCGUUCCCAGUGCUGCUCGUGCGGGAAGCCGGGCCCCGGCUUUCCUGGGGUAGCGGGGCCAGCUCUCCGGGCCGCAGGCCCGCCCCUGGGCCACGCUGGUGUUCAGAACAUCCCAUGCUCCCCUCCUGUGUUUGGAGUGACCCCCAUCGCCUCUCAUCAGGUGCCCCCCGCCGGCGUGCCCCACCCAGGCUCAGGAGCAGGGGGACAAAGAUUCCACCCGCCCCCCAGCAAGGCGAGGGGGGCUCUGGGGUGAGCCAGCCUCCCUUGCCGUGAAGGGUGAGCGGCCCCUUUUCCAAAGAUGACUUGCAGUGUCACCCCCAAGCCAAGCAGGACAGGAGCUGACCUCCAGCAGGGUUCCAGGGCCCCCUCAAGGCUUCAGGGCCUGGGGUCACCCACCUCCCCCCUUCACCUUUCUCUUCAAGUCACGGCUUCAGCUUCUCCCCCUGCAUAGCCAUACGCAAGCCGGGGCGAGCAGACCCCAUGUGCAGCCCGGCCUCAGUUCUGUCUGUGGAUUUAGUCUGGGCAGAGGGGCAGGCCAGCCCCUGUCUCUGCAGGGUGAGCCCGCUUCCCGCCCUUCCCCAAGUCCGGGGCCAUGCUGACCUGUCGAGGGCAAAGGUUGGAGGCAGGAGGCUUUAUCCAGGGGUCUUCAGGCAGCUGGAGGGAGCCAGGGGCGCCCCGGGGCACGUGGAGCCAGAAGGCCUUGUGGGCAGAGAAGCUUAGUGGGAAGGGGCAGGUGGGCUUCCUCUGGAGCUGUUGGCGGAGGGGCCCCCGACGCCGGCGGCCUUUUCUGUGUGGACGAGUCCUAGACUCGGGGACUGUGGCAUGCCUGGGUCCUGGGGUGUGCAGCUGAACGCCCCUCGGGGACAGCCAGCCCAGCUGUUGUCGGAGUGACCGCCUCGGGCGGGGCUCCAGCAUGUGCUCUGGCCCACGGCGCCCCCGUCCAGGCUGGUGGCUGCUUCUGUAGUGUUUCCACGGCCGGGGCAGGGGCGCAGCCUCCUGGGGCGGGGUGCUCUGUGCUCAGCGGUGUGCAGGGCUCUCAGGUUGAACUGGCUUCUUUUGCACUGUAACGUCCUCCCUUUGGUCUGAGUGCUUCCCAGUCUCGCGCUUCAGACUCCACAAACCUAGCAUCUGUCGCUGCAGGGGGCCUGAGCAGGGAUGGCAGGGGGAUGUGGGCAGCUCUGGUGUUCUCAGCCCCUGAGGGGUUGCUCUGUAGACAGGCUUCCCUCCUGAGGCUCCCACGAGCAGCUCUGGGUUGGGGGUGCCUUCCCCAGAGUCUGGUUCCCCAGCUAGGGCAAGGCAGGGAGGGGCCUCCAGGCCCCGUGGGGAAGGAGGUGGCCCUGCUUUGCCUUCCAGAGGCCUCAGCCCACCUGACGGUUAGGUGCCAGGCCGGGGCUCUGAAAGCCUGCCCAGAAGCCGCCUUCCUCUGCCACCAGCCGCUCCUGAGGAGGGGAGGGGUCCCCGGCCACACGGGCGGCAGGGGCGGAGCAUGGAGGGCCUGCCCAGCUCCCAGACUCUCCCGAAAGUCUUGGAAGCCUGUGGGGGCUCGGUUGUGACAGGCAGUGAUGCAGGCACUCUUGGGAACUCUCGGGGUCCCCCCAGUUGGGACGGUAGACUGCCCCACACCCGACACCCCCGGUGCCUUCUGCAGUCGGACGCGCCCCGUCAUCCAUGCCCUGCCCUCUCCACUGCCUAGGGUCCUUGGGAACGUGGGGGCCUCAGUGGAGGAAGCCCGGGACUGGGUCUGUUGGAGGGUCGGCUUCUGGAGAACUUCCCCGUUACGGGCCCGGGGGCCCUGGCUGCUUGUCCGUAAAGCCCUGAGGCUCCCGGGCUAUGGCCUGGAAAGCCGGAAGCCCCCAGCCCCUCCGGCCUGCGGGCACGGCACUGUGGGCACGCGGGGCUGUCCCCUCCUCCGUCUGCUGUCCUUGUCGCGCUUCCAGCGCCGCUGGGGGAGGUGGUGAAGUGGGGAUAGCAUGUGGCUCGGCAGAGAGGUAGGAGCUUUAUUUACCGGACCGUUAGUGUUAUCAAUCUGGUUCAAUUAAGGUGAUUUUUGUAAUUAUUUUUAUUAUUAUUAUUAUUCUGGUGGGACAAUCUUUAAUUUUCUAAAGAUAGCACUAACAUCGGCUUGUUGGCCACCUCUCGCCCGUCUCCGCCUCGGCCCGGCCCGGGAGCUGCCGGAGCCCCGGGAGUGCUGUGCGGACUCACGUCCCCACUGUGACAUCGGGGGCAGGGAGCAAAGACGACUGUGCCUGCGUCUGCAAGGGGCUGUCCUUGGAAGCCGGCCUGCCCUUGGCGCCCGGAAGCACGCGGUCUCUUGGGCGAUGGCCCUGCGCUCCCGGCUCUCCACGUCUCCUGUUCCUCGAAGAUUCGAGCCGGUGGCAAGCGCGGACACCGCGUGGAGCCCCUGGUCUGCGGGGGCCGCUGGCAGGGCCCGGCCAGAUGUGUGGCCAGUGGGCGAUCAGCUGAUGUCGUCCCCAUCACGGAAUUGGGCGCAU